UAAACGUCAUCGACUGCUCAGUGAAAAAAAUAAUCAUCAUCCAGCCAACAGGAUUACCUACUGAACAGUGCAAAAUAAUUUGUCCUUAUUUCGGAAGAUUCCAGUGAAAUUUAUGGUGUAAACGUCUCGAAAUCGGUGCCGCUAGCAAUGGAAGCUGUCCCCCGAAUGCCGAUGGUCAGCUUCGAGCUGAAAGUCAGCCCGGAACCGACGAGUUUUGGGCCGCUGAAACAGUACAUAGCGGAAUAUUAUCAUGAAGAUCCGGACUCUUACUCGAAGGAGUGUUACCAGUUGGAACAGCUCCGGGGAACUGCCGUUCGCCCCUCACAGGAUGUCGAUGGAACAACGGUGAUGAAACGCUACUACUGUCAACUGCAUUCGAUCCAGAAUCGAUUCCUGCUGAACCAGAUGCCGGAAAGCCAUCAGAUGCUGAGCUUCAACUGGCGAGAUUUGUACAGCGGUUCGACUCUGCAGAAGAGCAAUAUCAAGUUUGAAAUGGCAGUCAUUUUGCAUAAUUACGGAGCAUUGCACACGCAGCUUGGGGCGGCCGAAGGUAGAGCAGAUCCAGAAAGUAUGAAGAAAGCUUGCACCCAUUUCCAGUGUGCUGCUUGGGCCUUCGGAUACAUCAAGGAUAAUUAUGCCUUAUUGCUGCAGGGCGAUUUGUCGACGGAAUUGCUGAUCUUCAUGCAAGCUCUUUGUUUCGCACAGGCUCAAGAGUGCAUCAUGGAGAAGAGUCUUUGUGAUAACAGAAAGUCUGGGAUUAUUGCGAAAGUGACCGCUCAGAUUGUGAUCUAUUACAACUCGGCUUUGGCUGCUCUGUUGACGCAAAACGGAGAGGACGGACGAAUCCAGGACAUUGUGGGCAGCAAGCAGUUUAAGGAGUGGAGAAAGUACGUGAAAUUCAAGAUAUCUUAUUUGUCGUGCAUAUUGCUGCUUUAUCAGGGACAACAAUCCGAAGAGCAGCAAAAGAUGGGCGAGAGAGUGGUGCUUUAUCAGGCUUCGUUUGAUAAGCUGGAAGAAGCGCGGAAAGAGUCGAAGGGGCUUGCGAAUAUAGAUCAAGUGAACGAUGCACUGCAAUUUACGAUGGAUGUGGUGGAGGCGAAGCGGAAAUCAGCCAAGAAUGAAAACGAAUUUAUUUAUCAUGAAGAGGUACCGGAAUUGAGCUCGAUUUCAGCAGUUCAAGGAGCAAAUCUGGUCCACGGAAUCGCGUUCAACGUGACGGACGCGGAUGCCAUGGGAGAGGACAUAUUCCAUCGUUUGGUUCCCAUGAAGGCGCACGAAAGCAGUUCGGUGUACAGCGAAGAAAAGGCAACCCUUCUUAGAACUGUAGGAACCAAAGUCGAAGACAAGGACAACGAACUGGCUUCUUUCAUGAGUUCGUUGAACCUGGAUGCUAUCAACGUGCAAAACCCAAACAGUUUCAAUGAUUUUCGCCUACCACAAGGCUUAGUCGAUCGCUGCGCCGAACUGAAUGCAAAACCAACUGCGAUUCCAGACUUAGUGCAAUCGAUGUCCAACUUGGCCGAAACUUGUUCCGAAGUGGAACUAAUGCUGAAAGAGAUCAAACACAUGCUGAAGCAAGACGAAAUCCAAGAGGACAACUAUCAGCAAAAGAUCGGCCAGCGUUCGAACGGUGGCGGACACAUAGCCGAGUUGAACCGGGAAUUCGCCAAGUAUCAGGAGGCGCACAACAAGGCCGGCGAAAGCAACGAUACGCUGCGGAAGGCAAUGGGGCUGCAUGUGUCGAAUUUGAAAAUUUUGGCGCAACCGCUGGAUGAUAUCAAAAAGCAGAUUCCGUCCAGUAGCGACCAGUUCGAUGAGGCAACGUUGAAGGAGCUGCAGAGUAUUCUGAAUAAGGUAAACGAAAUGAAGAAACAACGUUCGAAGUUGUACCAGGAUCUGCGUGACAAUAUCACCAACGACGAUAUUACAUCUCAACUGAUCGCUUUAGAGGGAGGUUCGGACAAUAAGAAACGUAUGCAAGACUUAUUCAAGAAAGAACUCGGUAAGCACGAUCAGCUUGUUGCUCUCCUGGACGCCAACCUCAAAGCUCAAGCCAACAUUCUUAAGGCCCUGACAGAUAUCUAUGCUCGUUGCGCUCCGAUCAUCAAGUCAAUCAGCGAAGCGAAGAAUAAGCGGGAACAGUUUUUCUCGUCGCUACAAGGGUCCUAUGACGUGUAUGAAGAUUUGCUUUCAAAGAGCGCUAAAGGCUUGGAAUUCUACAAGAAACUGCAGGCGAACGUUCAAAAGUUGUAUUCGCGAGUUAAGGCUGCUUGCGAUGUUCAGGAUGAAGAACGCAAUCAAAAACUUAAAUCUAGCAAUAUCGCCAAACGGACUGAGCCAUCUCGAGAGAGCCCUAAACCAAGUGGUGGUCCAAAAUUGAAAGAUUAUCUGAAAUCUGGAAAUAUUAGUUUGGGAUCAAUAAAGGCUGCUGGUGUUGACCCCAAUCAAUCGGUUUACAUCCCACCCGUGAGGCCAAAUCCUGUUGGAUCCGAGAGUACAGCUCCGAUUUCAAGUGCUGCUACUGGAGUCGCAGGAUAUUAUCAAGAUUCCUACGCAAACUACAAUUACUAUUCAUCAGCAAAUAAUGUUCCUGCAGCAUCCACUACUGAUUACACGCAGUACUAUCAACAACAGCAAAUGCCCUACGGUGGACAAACAAUGCCUUCAAUGACAUUCCAAUCGAGUACCAACUCGACUACAAUUACGCCAACGCAGACACAGGCCCAAAAUACGGGUUACGUGAAUCCAAUCUAUCAGAACCCAAUGCCUGCUUACUACAACAAUCAAUACCCAGCAUCGCAACCCUCACCAUCGCUAUCAUCCAGCUCUAGUGAAGUCGGUUCUACACAGCAGUGGAAUCAAAUGACACAACAGUUCGGAACUAUGAAUCUCCAACAGCCGACUCAAACCUAUCAAACUCCACCGGCUGUUCCAAAUGCUACUGCUUCUUCGGCUUAUUCUCAAGUCCCGGGAUACCAAACCGACAGCAGCGUCGUUAAUCAGCCGUACAAUGGUUAUAAUCAUACCACCAACGCAAACCAAACGACUACUGCUCAAUAUUACCAGCAACAGCAACAGCCACAAACCCAAGUACCUCAACCGUACGUUCAACCUGUGCAACCGACUCCGCAAGAACCUCAAACUACCAUCCCUGACCCCACAAGUUCCUAUCCAAGCUAUCCGGGUUACACCUACAAUCAUCAAACGGGGACCUACGAGUACACCGGAUCCACCCAACAGCCAACAUCCUACGCGAACCAGUACAGCUCUACCCCAGCAACUGCAGUCACGACCACAACCACAGCUUCAUCCGGUACCUCCAGCUACUAUCCCACUCAACCAACCCCUUACGACUACACCACUCAACAAGUACAGCAACCUCAAGCACCGACCUACGCGAACGCGUACAACAACACGCAACCUACUCCAAGCACGGCCACCCACGCGACAGUUGAACCAACCACUCCCAGUGCGGCGACCUAUCCGUACGGAGGCGCCACUACAACUGGAUAUGAUUACAGUCAACAGAACCAGCAACCGCCCGCGGUUACAGCUGAUGGAUCUGGUGGGCAACAGCAGCCGCCACAGCAGUACUACCCGCAGGAUCAAACGCAGAAUUCGUACUACGGAAAUGCUGGUUAUGGAUACCAGACCACGCAACCGACUUACACCCAACCCCAACAGCCCACAGCCUCAGAUAGCAGUUACAACAAUCAGUAUUCAAAUUGUAACGCUCCCUCUCAACCUACCCCAAAUCAGACAUCCAACGCCUACAACUACGGAACUUACCCGAAUACUUCAACCAUCGAUCCAACACAGUACGCAAACUAUCAACAGCCAACCACCUCCGUUCAACCAACAGUCGUUGAACAACCAAACGCUUCAACCCCAGCAGCCCCGCAACCCCAACUCCAACCCCAGCCUCAGUCUCAACCCCCUGCUUCUCUCGGCGCUAAAAGUUCGUCCAACCUUGAUCUUCUGUCCGGCAUUGACUUCACACCUGCUCCGGUAGAGGUCCCUGUUCUACAACCGCAGACUUCGGUACCGACCGCCGAUGAAGACAUCAAAAGCGAGAUCCUAACGCCGACCAAAGCCGCACCGUCGUCACCGUCAGUGGCCCCGGCGCAAUCUGAUCCUCCUCCCACCGUGAUCGACCGCAAGCCCAGCGUGGACAAUCUAUCGAUCUGUUCCGAUCUCAGUUCCAUCGAUCAGAAUUUCGACUGGGAAAGUGCAUCGAUGAGAGCGGUUCGUGCCGGCUCUCUACCAGAACCUCCGACGGUGGCUCCGGUAACUUCUCGCACCCACAGUCGCGUUGGCAGUAUGGUGGAUAGCAGCAUAGUGACGGUACAGUCGGUGCGGGAUCCCUUCGAGGACCAAGCCACGCUGAAGUGGUUCCACAAGGAGGUUGAACGGUUGGAGAAGUUCAUCGAUAGCUUGAACGUCAAGACGCUGAACGGGACUACGCCGCUGGACGGCAAAUGGAAGGAAUUGCAAGAUUUACUGGUUAAGGAAGAGUCCAAAAGGCAAGUGAGCGUGGCACGACUGUUUCCGGAGAAGAAUCGCUCGAUUGAUUGCGUGCCCUAUGAUCAUGCUCGUGUAACGCUACCGACUGCCACUGAUAACUAUAUCAACGCCGUUUUUGUGAAGUUCAACAAGGAAAAAGCGUCGGACCUAGGUUUCGGAUGCCCUCAAAUGAUUCUGGCGCAAACUCCCAUGCAAAACACUGUCAACGACUUCUGGAACAUGACUUGGUCCCAACAGGCUAAUGUUGUAGUUUGCUUGCACACUCCCAAUGAGAUCUUGGAUACUUUCUGGCCUACGGAAAUCAAUCAGGAACUCAGCUACGGUGAUUUCUCUGUCACGCUGAUCAAACAGUUCGAUCUUACGCAUUGCAUCGAACGAUCUCUCCGGGUAACAAUGCACGGAUCGGAUAUCAUUCACAGUGUCACGUUACUGCAGAACAAACUCUGGCCCAAGCAGUCGGCUGAAUAUAUCCUAGGAAUUGCUAGUAAUGUCAUUGGUGCCUAUCGACAGCAGAGCCACGAACCGAAACAACAGAAGCCAUUGAUUGUCAACUGUUUGAAUGGUUCGGAUCGAUCGUGUUUACUGGCCGUGGCAGUAGCAUCUAUCUUAGCUACCCAAAACAAGAAACCAAUCCUGAUAAAUGUGGUCGACAUUUGGUACCGAAUAUGCUGCCAGAAAAAGGGAGCUCUUCGAGACCCCAAUCACAUGCAACUAUCGUACCAAAUUGUAUUGAACAAUGGAUACAGUAUUCUCAAUAAGCGAGGGAUAAUGACUUCGUACCAGAUGAAAACAGUGCAGGCCACAGCCACCGCCGAGAGAGAGGAAGCGAUCAAUGACCCGUUCAAGGAUUUAGAUCCUCUGUGGAAGUUGAAGUAAUUGUAUGUUAAAUGUAGCAGAAUUUAUAUGUUUUAUAAUCUGGACUUAAGUUGGCACUGCUUUUAAAAACUAUGGUUUUACGAUUUCCGUGCCGAUAUCCGGUACUGUUAAGAAAACAAUUAUCGCAUUCACCUUAUAAUGUGCAGAAGCCAUCUUGAACACGAUAUAUAUUCUCAAGUUUCUUUUAUUUAUUAUAUAGAGCCGAUUAUACAACACGCUAUAGUAUCCUAAAUAUAUGAUUAUGGUAAAAUGCGCAUUAUACACCACGUAGCUAGAAACGAAAGCAUAGAUCGGGAAGAUGAUUUUGGUCGUGCAGAAAAGAACUGAUGUUUUGAAUAUUUAUAUCCUCGUUUAACUACACCAGUAGGUGGCAAUAAUAAAAAAUGCUAAUAAUCUGUUAUGUAGUAUUCACCAGA